UCAUUCAAGGCUACUGUUCCUCAGUGAAGGCGAGGCCGAUCUUUGACGAGGAAAAUGGCUGUUGUACGGUUGUGUAUUUUAGCGCUGUUUGUGGCUUCCACAAAAAGUAGCAGUAUGUAUAACAUGUAUUCCAACAUGAUCAUGGUCGAUACCAAAGGAAAUUACAAUGUUUCCUACAACUACAAUGAGUCUACGGACACACUGGAGUUUAUGGUGCAAGUAAGAACCACAGGUUGGGUUGGUUUCGGUGUUGCUGAAGUAGCACCAAAUAAUAUGAGUAACUAUGAUGUGGCAAUAGGAGGAGUGAAAGAUGACGGAACAAGCUAUCUGCAGGACUAUCUGACAGUUGGCCGGAAAUUACCACAACUAGAUACUCAGCAAGAUUGGAUGCUCAUGAACGCUACGGAGGAAAAUAACAUUACAACGAUAAAGUUUUACCGCAUGAGAAACACCACUGAUCUACAAAAUGAUACCGCUAUUCCGAAAGGAAUGCCAAUUUAUAUCGUGUGGGCAUAUCAUCCUAUGAGCGACGAGCUUAAACACCAUGGAAAUGACUAUAGAGGGGUUUACAGUAUCACACUCAUCCCGGCUAUCGCUCCAACGCCGACAAUGAUGAUGGUACCAUCCACAGCUGUAGUCCAGCCAGUGCUACAUUCCGACCUUAUCAUGCUUGAUAGCAAAGGAAAUUACAAUGUUUCCUAUUAUUAUAACGCAAACUCAGACAAAUUGGAGUUUAUGGUGCAAGUGAGAACCACAGGUUGGGUUGGUUUCGGUGUUGCCGAAGUAGCUCCAAAUAAUAUGAGUUACUAUGAUGUGGCAAUAGGAGGAGUGAGAGAUGACGGAACAAACUAUCUGCAGGACUAUCUUACAGUUGGCCGCACGCAACCCCGACUAGAUACCCAACAAGAUUGGAUGCUCAUGAACGCGAGUGAAGCGAACAAUGUGACGACGUUGAAAUUUUACCGCAUGCGAAACACCACUGACCUUCAAAAUGAUACCGCUAUUCCGAAAGGAAUGCCAAUUUAUAUCGUGUGGGCAUAUCAUCCUAUGAGCGACGAGCUUAAACACCAUGGAAAUGACUAUAGAGGGGUUUACAGUGUCACACUUAUCCCGGCUAUCGCUCCAACGCCGACUAUGAUGAUGGUACCAUCCACAGCUGUAGUCCAGCCAGUGCUACAUUCCGACCUUAUCAUGCUUGAUGGCAAAGGAAAUUACAAUGUUUCCUAUUAUUAUAACGCAAACUCAGACAAAUUGGAGUUUAUGGUGCAAGUAAGAACCACAGGUUGGGUUGGUUUCGGUGUUGCCGAAGUAGCUCCAAAUAAUAUGAGUUACUAUGAUGUGGCAAUAGGAGGAGUGAGAGAUAACGGAACAAGCUAUCUGCAGGACUAUCUUACAGUUGGCCGCACGCAACCCCGACUAGAUACCCAACAAGAUUGGAUGCUCAUGAACGCGAGUGAAGCGAACAAUGUGACGAAGUUGAAAUUUUACCGCAUGCGAAACACCACUGACCUUCAAAAUGAUACCGCUAUUCCGAAAGGAAUGCCAAUUUAUAUCGUGUGGGCAUAUCAUCCUAUGAGCGACGAGCUUGAACACCAUGGCAAUGACUAUAGAGGGGUUUACAGCGUCACACUCAUCCCAGCUAUCGCUCCAACGCCGACAAUAAUGAUGGCAACUGCCUCUAUGCCAGUCAUGCCUCCGCAACCGAGCUUUCUGAAUCUCCAAAAUGGAAAUUAUAAAGUUUCCUGGAUUUACAAUAGUAGCAUGGACACGUUACACUUUACGGUAGAAGUGAGAGCCACGGGAUGGAUUGCGUUUGGAUUUUCUAAAUUUCCUAGGGGUAUGAUGGGGUACGAUGUGGCCAUUGGAACAGUUAAGAACGGAGUGGGAACCUUGGAGGAUUAUAAAACAAACGGUCUAAGAAAACCUGACAUGGAUGCUAAACAAGACUGGAAGUUGACUUACUCUAGUGAAAAUGAUGGUAUAACAAAGUUCCAAUUUUAUCGCAAGCUUAACACCAACGACGAAAUGGAUGUUGUUAUCCAGAAAGGAAUGCCAAUUUACAUUGUGUGGGCAUAUUCUGCAACUUCUGAUACGCUUGUAGAGCACAGUAGCAGAGGUUAUCAUAAUGAACGAGUGACACUUGUACCAGCUGAUAUGACUCUGAUGAUACCGACCCCGACAACAGCUGGCAUGACUUCGACGACACCAACCCUGACCAAAGGGAAAGGCCAGUUCAGUCAUUCCUUCGACAAUGGUAAUUUUCUUAUGCGGUGGACAUUUGACGAUCAAAAUAACAAGUUAACUUUUCAUGUGAAAGUUAAAACCACUGGCUGGGUAGGAUUUGGUUUUGCCAGGGUCGCACCAACUCAGAUGAGAAAUUAUGACGUAGUGGUUGGCGGAUAUGACAACGUCGGAUAUUUAAUGGACUAUUACACUCAAGGACGAGCUCAACCCCAACCUGAAAGCAAAAACGACUAUACGUUAUUGUCUGCAUCAGAAGUAGCUGGAUACACUGAGCUAAUGUUUGAGAGACUAACUGAUACGAGUGAUGAUCAAGAUAUAAAGUUCGUGCCUGGUGGUGCGGUACAUAUCAUUUGGGCCUAUAGCACUGAGGAUGUCACAAGCGCUGACAGCUUUAAUGUCCAUUCUUCAAAAGGCUACUCUUCGUACCAACUUGUCAUCAUUCCGACAGCCCCAAUCCCUACUCAGCCGGGAGCUGCCUCUUCAUUGCAUUCCUUCAUUUAUGUGAUUGUUUCUUUAGUAGCAAUAUUGUUCAAUGUUGUAACAAUAUAAUCCAGAGAACUGGCAGAAAAAGUCCAUUUUAGACCGCAGUUCUUCGUAAUUAGCAUGAAGCUGCUUGAAAUCCAAGUCUUUUCAGAGUGGUUUUAGUGUUGAUCAGCACGAUUUGCAGUUUAAGAUUGAAGAACUCCUUUUUUUAACUAAGCGAACUGCAAGAAACCAUUGAAACAUUUUGAUAAAUAUUUUGGCGUAAAACAUAAGACUCAAAAUUAGGAGUCCUUAGAGAUAAGAUUUCAUAAUAGUAGUGAAAGUCCGACAAGCUUUCAAUGGGAAAAAGCUUCUUCGGAUUUCUAAACAUUGUUUUUAAGGCAACGGCAUGUUUCCGUUUUAUAAUAUAGUUAUAGAAUAGUUUCAAAACUAAUUUGGACCAAGUUGUCAUAUUUAAAAAGGAAGCCAUUCAUAGCUGUGUGAGGGCAGAAACAUUUUUCAAAAUCGCAAUUAUUUGACCCGUCAUGAUCCUCUGAAGAAAUGGCUACAAAAAGGAUUUGGAAAUAAUGGGAUAAGAACAGGUUAAGUCAAGGGAAGAAAAAAAUUAAACUUAGCUUUGAGCUUC